AUGCGCGGUUUAUUUUGGAAACUUUGCGACUUCGAUUCGACGUUGUCGUUUUGCAACGCCCCUCUUGUCGGUGGCGGCGGCAGAGAGAGUUCGUUAGCACCGACCCACGUCGUCGUCGCGUCUCGUAAUGCGCGAACGGUGACCGAAACGGGCUUGCUGAAAGCAGACGUGGGCGAAGAAAACACUCCGUUCGGUGUUCUGUCCACUAGUCCCGGUUGUCGUAAUAUGCAGAGCGUGCUGCCCCAUCGUCUUAAACCCCCCCCCCCCCCCCCCCCCCCCCAUCCCAACCAAUCUCCCGCCGUGCCCCGGGCGAUGUGUGUCUCCAAUCUUCUUAAGCGAUCUCGGGGUCAAGCGUGUUCGCCCGGUAUCAUUUUC